UUUAUUUCUAUCUUCACUCGGACUACUCUGCCGCUUUGCUGCUUCGAAUCCCAUUUCCACCAAAAAGAAGAAGGAAAAGAGAUAAGAAGAAUAACAAGAAGAAGAAGAAGUCUCUUUAUUACAUUCUCAGAUCCGAAUCUCACUCCACUCCUCUCCCCUCUCUCCAACUUGAUCUGUUUCUCUUCCAAAAAUCCAAGACAUACUUUCUGAAUCUUCUCCAGAACUAGAAUCUCUCUCAAAGUCAUCACUAAUACAACAAAAAGGCGAUGAGGGGAAGAUCAGAUGGAGGGAAGAAGAAGAAGCCACUGAUUGUUUUACUCUGCGUUGCAGCGGUUGUUCUUGUUUCUGUGUAUCUCUUCUUUGGCUCCUCUAACAAUGGGGCUUCAGCAGCUAUUGAGUAUGGGAGGAAACUUGGCUUGAGUGGUGAUAAUGAUAAUGAUGAUGAUAUUACCAAAAAGGAUGACACUUCCACCUCCUUUUAUGUAGAUGAUGAUGCCAACGGUUUCACUCCAAGAAGCUUUCCUGUGUGUGAUGACCGGCACUCGGAGCUUAUUCCUUGCUUAGACAGGAAUCUCAUUUACCAAAUGAGAUUGAAACUUGAUUUGUCUUUGAUGGAGCAUUAUGAACGCCAUUGUCCUCCUCCUGAAAGGCGUUUUAACUGCUUGAUUCCUCCUCCUCCUGGUUAUAAGGUUCCCAUCAAGUGGCCGAAAAGCAGAGAUGAGGUUUGGAAAGUGAACAUUCCUCACACUCACCUUGCACAUGAGAAGUCUGACCAAAACUGGAUGGUUGUUAAAGGAGAUAAAAUUAAUUUCCCUGGUGGAGGCACACAUUUUCACUAUGGUGCUGAUAAGUACAUUGCAUCUAUGGCUAAUAUGCUUAAGUUUCCGAACAACAAGUUGAACAAUGGGGGAAAGCUGAGGACGUUUCUUGAUGUUGGCUGUGGUGUUGCAAGUUUUGGAGGCUAUCUUCUUGCAUCAGAUAUUAUGACUAUGUCCUUGGCACCAAACGAUGUGCAUCAGAACCAGAUUCAGUUUGCUCUUGAGAGAGGGAUUCCUGCAUACCUCGGCGUUCUAGGGACAAAGAGGCUCCCAUACCCAAGCAGAUCCUUUGAGCUUGCGCAUUGUUCACGUUGCCGAAUCGACUGGCUUCAGAGAGACGGUAUUCUUCUUCUCGAGCUAGACAGGGUGCUGAGACCUGGUGGCUAUUUUGCAUAUUCAUCUCCAGAGGCAUACGCACAGGAUGAGGAGGAUCUUAGGAUUUGGAGAGAGAUGAGUGCUCUUGUUGGGCGUAUGUGUUGGACGAUAGCUGCUAAGAGGAACCAAACUGUGAUUUGGCAAAAACCUUUGACAAACGAUUGUUAUAUGGGAAGAGAACCUGGAACACAGCCUCCUCUUUGCAAUUCUGAUAGUGACCCUGAUGCUGUGUAUGGUGUAAACAUGGAAGCCUGCAUUACUCAAUACAGUGAACAUGACCACAAAAGCAAGGGAAGUGGAUUGGCUCCAUGGCCAGCUCGAUUAACCUCUCCUCCUCCUCGGCUAGCUGAUUUUGGAUAUUCCACUGACAUGUUUGAGAAGGAUACAGAAACUUGGAGGAAGAGGGUAGAUGCUUAUUGGGAUCUCUUGAGUCCUAAAAUUCAAUCAGACACUGUGAGGAACAUAAUGGACAUGAAAGCAAACAUAGGUUCCUUUGCUGCUGCUCUGAAUGACAAAGAUGUCUGGGUUAUGAACGUUGUUCCCGAAGAUGGGCCCAACACGCUUAAGCUAAUAUACGACAGAGGCCUGAUGGGUGCUGUUCAUAGCUGGUGUGAAGCGUUCUCAACUUACCCUAGGACAUAUGAUUUACUCCAUGCUUGGGACAUCAUAUCCGAUAUCAAGAAGAGAGGUUGCAGCGCAGAGGAUUUGCUCUUGGAGAUGGACCGUAUACUUCGUCCAAGUGGUUUCAUACUCAUAAGGGACAAACAAUCUGUGGUUGAUCUUGUGAAGAAGUAUCUUAAGGCUUUGCAUUGGGAAGCAGUUGAAACCAAAGCAGCCUCAGAGUCGGAACAAGACUCUGACAAUGUCAUAUUCAUUGUCCAGAAGAAGCUGUGGUUGACAAGUGAAAGCCUCAGAGAUUUGGAGUGA